AUGGCCUACCACGUCCGAACACCACAACCUGCCAGCCAGGAACGCCUUCUCACACUCUUAAACACAAUGUCACCAGCCCUCAGAACACAUGCGGACCCAAGAUACUCGCGCGAGGAGAUCCUCAACUCCUUCGUCCACUUUCUCAGCCCUGUCCUCAACGGCAUGGCAGGCAUGCUAGAGCUCCUUGCAAACGUCGAUGCCUUCUCACGUCCAGAAGACUUCCGUCAGUUCUGGAGCCUCGAGCAGAGCAACCUCAUCAGAGACUUUGUAGAGAGUGGGGGACCCUUGCGGGGGAUGCAGGGCUACGACGUCCCCUUCCUCGAGACCUUUGUCAAGGACUCAUCGUGCAGGAUCGCUCUCGGUAGCAACCAGGGCAUGCUUCUGCUAGUCCCUGCGGACGCCGAGGUCGGCGACGAUGUGUGGUGGGACGAGGAUGAGCAGCGUCUUACUGUCAGAAAAGGCGUUGACGAUCUCAACACCAACGUCGAAGCAUACCUCGACAACGGUUCAAGGAUAUCCGCCAUGGCUAUCCCUUCUGCCACUUAA